AUGGCCAUCGGAGACAUCGAGACAGCGCUCACUGAGCUGAAUGGCGCCCUGCGCACUGCCCUCAAGACUCUGGGCAGUGAUUGUAGGCAAGAGUUGACGCAGAGCCUGCACAGCCCAGAUGAACUCCCGGAAAAACACCUCUACGACUUGUCAACUGAGGCCGUUGAUUUGCUGCAGGAAACUAAGCUGCUGCUCGAACCGCGAACAGUCAUCCUUGCCGACCACUUUCUAGGCUCGGCCAACUGCAAGUGCUUGAAUGCUGCGGUCGAGCUGGACGUCCCCGACAUCCUUCAGCAGCAGGGCGCGCUCACCGUCGCCCAACUCGCCCAAGCAUGUGGCGCCCGCGAGGACAGGCUGAAACAGGUCAUGCGGGUUCUGCAGAGCGCAGGAAUUUUUUCCUAUGAGCAGGAUACUGCCGUCUACUCCAAUAACGAGUGCUCGACCCUGCUGCUCAAGGAUCACUGGACCGGCUGGAGGAACUGGGUUGACCUUUACGGCAACGAGUUCUACGACAUGGCGCGUGGGAUCCCAGCCUCCUGCCGCCAGGGCGAGAAGCGAAUGCCGUCUCAGAUCAACUUUGACACCGACUUGGAUAUGUUCUCCUGGUUUGCGGCACAGGGAUCGCUGGAUCGUGUGCACAGGACGCUGGGCGGCGGCGCCAUUGCACAAGCUCCGGGUAUCCUCGCAGACUAUCCCUGGGAGCAGGUCGCCGGUGGACUCAUUGUCGACAUUGGCGGUGGCGGCGGCGGGCUGAUUGCCAUGUUGCUCCGGAAGUUCCCAAAUCUGCGCGGUGGCAUCGUUGAUCGCCCCGAGGUUAUCAACCAAGCAGUUGCCAAUUUCUGUGACCCCGACGGCCUGUACCGAGACGUGGGAGACAGGGUCAGCACAGAAAACCUGCACGCUGGGGAUUUCUUCAAGGAGAUCCCCAGCUAUGAAGUGUAUUGCAUGAAAUGGUGUCUCCAUGACUGGAAGGACAAUGAUGUCGUCACUAUUUUGAAGAACAUUCGCAAAGCAAUUAUCCCUGGCCCAAAAUCAAGGCUUGUGCUGCUCGAGAUUUUGCUGAAAAAGGGCCGAUCCGGCCAUUUGUCUCGCAUGGCAGACCUGUCGGUGAUGAUGGCUGCAAAUGGUCUGGAGAGAGAAGAAUGGGAGUGGGAUUCUCUUGCUGCGCAGAGCGGUUGGAAAAUUGCCCACAAGUAUGAUUUGAGAAACGCUUGGCCCUGUGCCAUGGAAUUGGUACCGGUUUAG